AUGUCCGGACAUAAAUAUGCGAUGGGUUCCUCCCAAUUCCAGCUGAUCAUCAUCGCCUCGCGACAAUCCAAGUUUCCUACAUCUCUUCCCCUCAAAAGCCUCAUAGCUCUUGAUCUCUGCAUUUUCUCUCAGCGUCCUUCUUCGCGUCCUCAGACUAUGUCCCACAAUCCCACAAUCCCCCCUCUGCUCCGCCGCCAGAACACAUUGCUCAUGGACGAAGGUAACGCUGCUGGACACGCCGUUGGGUUCGACCUGAUCCUUAAUCCCACUUCUGGGCGUCACCAUCGUCACGAUCACGAUGAUGUUCAACGCCACGCCGACAACACACCCGACGAGGACAACAACACCACAUCCCCCAAGCAUUCGUUCGUGUGCCCCGACCAGUCGCCGCCUGGCAGAGUAAAUGGCCUGCUGCAAACCCGGGAUGGGAAAAUCUACCUCGCGCACGGCGUGCCCCGUGCAGGUUUAUUCCUUCCCUAUGUGGCCAGCAUCCAGCCCACGUCCCACGCCCACCCUGUCGCGCUCGUUGACCUCCAAGCUAUGGCGAGAGCCAUGACACCUAGCUUGAUUCCUCCGACGGUUGGUACAUUGGUCCAUGGUCUGUUCGUGCGGCGGGAGGGUGGGUUGGUGAUGAUGGGGUAUGGCACGGUUGUGACGGUGCUGGACAGCUUUUGGCUUUGGUUUGUUGGGAACGUCCCGGGGUAG